CGUCACUCGUGUGGCACGCUCUCUGCAUCUUCAACCUUCUGUUAUAAACACCACUGCAUUGUUGACAACGACUUGGCAGCUUUCUGUCUAGAUUCCAUCUCCUCUAGUCGUUUUUUCACAGCUUCUUUCAUUUCCAAGCGAUAGCCAGCCCGCUCCGACACAGCUCCGACCAUGUGCUCUGCUGACAUCUUCCUCGGCGUUCUCGCCAUGCUCUUCCCUCCUCUGCCUGUCUGGGUCAAGUGCGGUAUCUGCAGCGCCGACUCUCUCAUCAACAUCUUGCUCUGCCUUCUCGGCUUCAUCCCCGGCCUCCUCCACGCUUGGUACAUCAUCGCCAAGAACCCCGAACCUGCCUAUGAAUACGAAACCGUAUCCCAAGACAACGAGAACGGCAGACGUGGCGGCCGUGUUACAUACGUCUACGUCCAGCAGCCUUGUAACCAUGAGGAGCAGCCCCGAGGCGGCGCCAACGGUGGCAUGAACUACGGCACUACCAACAGCGAGCAGCAGCCUGGCCAGAGCAGCAGCGCUGUUCCUCCAUCCUACUCCGAAGUCGUGUCCCAGGGCCUGACACCCGAGCAGCGUGCCCCCGGUGACAACAAGGUUCAGCGUCCUUGAACAACUUGUCUGGCCAAGCGCCAACCUCACGUGCUAUGAUUCCUGCUGCUUAGUUGAUAGUGCAGCAGCGCUAAUGGAUUUCUACUUGCUGGCAUCAUUGCUAAGUAGAUCUUCUGAUGCCAGAAGUGUAAAAAAGACUCCUUAUUUCUCACGUUUAUUGGAUGGUUGUAAUCGGAAUGUGAUUUUCUUGCUCGGUGGCGUUCCACUCUCAUUUAUUUCAUAAUUGGUAGUUAGUGCAAAUGCAUUUGUUCAUAACUCAGAUGAACCGUGUAAAAUAUCAUCCUAACCUAAAAGAGAUGAUGUUACUCAUCGCUGUCAGCAGCGGCUAUGGUGGCUUCAGAGUCCUCGGUCUGCUUGAUAGGACGGGGCAAGUUGACCAGUUUGACAAGAUGCUGCGGUAGGAAAACGUAAAACGUAGGGUACAGCUCUAACACACUUUUGAUAAAGUAGAUCCCGCUACUCAAUAGACAUAGGCGAACGCGGAGCUUCAUCCCUUCUUUGAGGAAUUGCAAUAAAUCGUCAUCGCAGACAAUUGCUAGCAAAUCCUCGGUCAGCGGCCCUUGGGAUGGAUCAUACCAACCAUCCUCAAUGACGACGGUCUUUGCAAAGAUAGUGCCAAGAGCAGCAGCUUGACGAGUGGGAGUUUGAGUUCCUCGUACAAACCGUGCAGCGGUUUGUACCUGUUCAAAAGAAGCUCUCUCGAUCCGCACAAUCUCAAUACUCCGAUAUACUCGCUCGACGACUCGAAGAUCCUCACUAACAGCAGUAGCUAGAAAGGCAUUCACGCCGCUGAGGAUGAGCGAACUGUAGAAAGUAGUCUUAGGGUCAAAGGCUAUAGGUCGCUCAAAUGUGAGGAACGAGACGUCGUUUUCGUCCCGCUGAUCAAACAGCUCGGCAGCCGCAAGGUUAAACAUGCCAGGCAGAGAUUCGAGGAAGCGUGAGACCAUUGGCCAUUCCAUUCUCGCUGCUGAACACGCCAACAGCGCGUUUUUGAUGUCAUCUUCAUAUUCAGGGCAUGCCAUUUCUCGAAUGACAUAGCGAAGGAAGUUUUCUACAACACCAAUAGCUAGAUCGCGCUGGCUUAGAUCGUCUCCUGCCAGACGAGGCAAACUAACUGCAAGGAACGUGCUCGCAACGCCUGUGAAGUCCACUUUCCAGUAAUCUUGGCCGUUAUAAAAUCGAUCGUUAACGGAGCCGUCGAUGUAGUUGGUUUUCAGUAACGCGUCCUCGCUGGUGGAGAAGCUUGCGCUCGAUACAUCGACGCCACCGAGAAACAUGUACUCCUUGAAGUACUUCAUAUGGUCGCCAUGGAGGCGCCUUUUUGUUCCGAAUCGUUGUAUGCAAGCCUGGAUUCGUC